UUAAAAGGGGGUAAGAAGUAUAAAUUAAAUUAGAUAUAUCUCUGUUUUAGCUUGAAAGACGCAUUGUUUACACAAGGCCGUUAACGAGGGGAAUUAGUAAUAUUCUGCUGUUUACACGAAAUGAAGUAAAUAAAACAACGCCCACGUCUUUUGACAUGGUUACCAACUUUGAGACACAAGAAGAAGAAGGGCAAGACGUAAGACUUUUGGUGGUCAAGUUUGUAUCGGGACUCAUAAUAUUGGCAAUGAAUGACGGCAGUUCAUAUCUGUAGAUGGAAAUGUUCUUCACUUCUACUUCACGAUCUUUCUACAUUGUCAUUGAAAUAUUGAAAGUCAUCUUUAGUCCUCAAAAGAAGGCUUUAAAUUUAUGUUAUCCACUUCAGUAAAAGAAUUUUCUUACAGUUUACAGACAUACAUGAUACAGCUAGUACAGUAGUAGUUGAAUGAAAAGCAUGACAUAAAUAACUUAAAUAGUAACCAAGGGAACCAGUCAGAAAAAAGUGACCUGUCAACUAUUCUAAUUGACCAGCCAUUGAAUACAUUAUCAUCCGACCCAAAGAACCAAAGCAUUUCGAGUGACCAUAACGAAAAGACCAACGGUUCCUCCGGACGAUUUUUUCAAUCUUUGAUUAACAAAAGAGAAUACAUUCGUGGAAAAGUUCAGAACAUCCAGAAAAACAUCAGUAGCUUUCGUAAUAAAACUUGUAACAAAAGUCCCAAGAAAGAGAGAAAGAGUCCUAAAAAGGAAAGAAAAAGUCCUAAAAGAGAGAUAAGGAGUCCAAAAAAGGACAAAGAAAUAGUAAAAUGCUGCAUUAACGAGGAUGAUAAGGAAGAUAGUCCUAUACAUUCAGAUAAAAUACAUUCAAUAUGUUCCGGACUCAGUAACUACCAGAUAUGUUUUGUAGAACUGAUCGAACCAGAAACGAGCGAACCAGAAAUACAAGUUGACAUUGACACAGAAACAAUGGCCGUCAAAAGAAAAACUGGCGUCUGCUCACAGACUCCAUUACCAGAAGACAUGUUUUAUAAAACUGAAGAUGAAAAUCAAAAUGAAUUACCAGCACAAGGUGGUGCCGAUAGCCAAACUACUGGUACGGAAACUGUUAGUAAAAGUUUAGAUAUGGAGGCAGAUGAAGGAGAGGAAAAUGAUAAGUUGACUCCAAUUGAAGAUGAUUUACCUCUAGGCAGUGAAGGAAAAAACAAAAAAACAUUUGAAAGAGCUCAUACAUUAGCAUCAGACAUGUUCGGGAGUAAAUUUAGUGCAUUAAUUGAUAAGCGUCUUGCUAUGUUAAAAUCUAGUCAAACACCAGGCGGUAGCUUUGAUUCGGUCAACACAAGUUCCUCCAGUAUCAACAGUGUAGAUAUGUUGCUUCAAGAACGCAGUGAAGAUCCUGAACAAGUUCUCCUUAACUUAGGAUUUGCAGCAGGACAUUCGGAAAUGGGAAGCUCUUUAAGUAGAAUUCCUGAACGAUUCCUUCUCAACCAGUCUCGUGCAAGAGGAAUUAACUUAGAAGAGUUCUUGGAAGAUAAUCCAGAAUUGAAGACUUUUGUUGGAACAUUGAAGAAGAAGGGAUCACGAUCAGGUGCAUGGAAAGCAGCUAGAUCAAUGUCAUCUGUCUUGUUUCAUCUGAAAAUGUCAGCCACUGCCAGUAAACAGAAGCAGAUGGGAAUGGCAGACCUGCAGGAUACAGGACCAAAAUCCAUUCUUAUUCCUGAAAAUCAACAGGCACUAGCACGUCAAGGUUUUUACACCCAACAUUUGGGUUACUGUCCUAAGAAUAUUGGACAGGGCUCUGACGUCACAAGCACACCAGGACAUGCCACACAGAAAGGUGUAACUGACAAAAGAUUAUUCUCCAACCCAGUAGCAGCGAAGCCAUCUGAUGCAGCUUCUAAGCGUAAAAUGUUUCAGAAAACUCACACACAAAAAUGGAGUCUUGUGGAAUCUGAUGAAUCGAAAGAAACUUCCAAUCCAAUGGGAGCUUCUGAAGACAUUUCUCCGAGUUUUGACAAGGGUUAUAGUAUGGAUUUUAGUACGUCUGCUUCCAUGGAUAGUUCUGAUUCUCCGUUUAGUCCAGACAUUCGCUUCUGUUCCAGUUCAGAUCUGCGACAACAGCAUGAAGCAGAUGCAUUAAAGAAAAUGGAAGACUGUUAUUUCCAGUCAGCAGCAGAAGUUAAUAAACAAGGAAUUGGUGACAUACGUCACCAUAAAGUGGAUAAUUUUCUGACUGUUCAUGAUGGUGAUGAUUAUACAGUGUCCCCACCUAUGUCGAAACAGUCGACUGUUGAACGUGUGAAAACUUUAUCAAUUGGUUCAACGCAUGACGAAUCUGUCAGUGAUCAAGUCAAAAUUGUUGUUUCUCAGGAUUUAGAAAGUGUUUCUGCUUCUUUAGCUAGUGAAAUGAAAGCAGAUGAAAAUAGUUUAAAUUUAUUAAAUAUUGAACGAUUAUCAGACACAGAGUCAUCAUCCGAUUAUACGGUCGUAGACAAACAUUCUAUAACUAGCCUAGAUAGUCCAGAUGUCUUUGAAAAUCAAACAGAUUCUGUGGAUAAAAAGGAAUUGGGAUCACAUAUGGACAAACCAGAUGAAAAUGAAAAUUUCCCAAUGUUUAAAUUUUCAAAGCAAACAGCCAACUUUCAGGAAUCACCUAUAAUAAGAAGCCCAUGUCUUCAAGAUGAUUUAUCAAGAAUGGGUAGUAUUCAGUCUGAUAGUAGUGGUUUCGGGGAUGCAGACUAUAGUGCAGAUAUGACACCACAUGAAUCUGAGGCCCCUAGGUUUUCAAAUCUUGGAAGUUUAGGAAGUAGUUCAGAAAGUGCUAAUACGUUGGCUAGUAGUGUUUCUACCAUAUUAGCAAGAGACUUUCUAGAGCUGGAUAACUCUACCCAUAAAACUGUUGAUAGUGAACGCUUAAAUGUGCCAGUGUAUUCUUGGAAAAAAAUUGGUGAUAGAUUAUCAGACAAUCGAGGACAGCAACCAAUAUCUUCAACUCCCAAUUCUUAUUUUAGAAAUCCUGCCAAGGAAACUUACAUCUCUAUGUGCUAUAUUCCUAGCAUUGGAAAAAAGAAGCUUUCAAAGACAUCAGAGUCCACACAGGUGCAUUCUGGCACAGGCCGGGGUCAUAAUGUGCCUUUUACUAAAAACCAUGUUUCGAUUUUUGUGACUAAGGAAAAAAGUGUAGAACGAAAAGAGGAAAAAACAAGUGAGACAAGGGAGUCUCUUACAUCCAGUUAUUAUUCUCCUUAUAAUGUGCAUUCUAAAGGAAAACUUAAUCAAAGCUAUCUAGUGCCCCCUAGUUCAAGAAUCACAGAACAAUAUAGCGGUAAUUCUACACCAGAACUGUCUCACAGUUGGUCACGAACUGGUUCACGAGGGGCUCAGUAUUCAAAAUCCCAUUUCCAUUUUGGAUCUCGUGAUUCUAUAUUGUCAGAAAGUGAGAUAUCUUAUUGUUCAACACCAGAUAGUUCAACCGGUUGUAGUGGUACUGAAACAAUGGAGUAUAGUAAACUAAUUAAACUAAUUAAUCAACCAGUCAGUAUACAGGGCUAUAAACGCAGCAUUAUUCAUUAUAAACCCAAGCAACAUGUUAGAGAGUGGACCAACUUAAUACGCAAAAAGAGGUUACAAGAAGAAACAUGUAUGUUACAGUAUGCUAUACAGAAGUAUAAAACCGAGCUUCACUCAAUUGAAACAGCCUUUAUUAUACAGUUUCAACAAGCUUAUGAAGAACUUACCGAUGAAGAAAGAGAUGAAGUAGAGGAGUUGCAACAUCUAUGGACAGCAAUACAUCAACAACUACUAGAAACAGAACAUUUAUUAUCACAAAGAUUGAAAAAAGUUAAUUCUGGCAAUGAUUUCUUUACUUUUAUUUCUACACUCAGUGUUCUACAAAAGAUGAUAUUGUUAUUAAGAGAGCAGUUAUACCAGCAACAAGUUACGAUAGGCAAGGACGAUUUAGAUACUGAAUACCAGUCUUCUUUAUUAUCACAUCAUAGAUCUCACAGCUAUAGUGGUCUGGAUGUUCCUCCUUCACCUUUCUCUCCUCGCCACCGUUCUCAUCAUAAUCUUGGCACUUCAACAAGAUUAGGUCAGAGUUUGGAUGAGCUUCGUGAUACCGUUAUUAAAGAUGUACGAGAAGAAUUACGUAAAAGUACCCAACAUUUACAUUUAGAUUUACAGUCAAAAGAUAAUGAAAUACAACGUUUAAAUUUAGAGCUAAUGAUGGAAAAACAUGGACUUUUAGAUUAUCAACGGCAUAGAAAUACAGUUCAGGAAACAGAUGUAUAGCAAUGAUCUAUAUAAAGCAUUAUAAUCAAUAAGCAAGGCAUUCCUAUGAGUAGUACAUAUAGCUCAGUCAACCUGUGUUCAUCUUUUGUAAAAAUCAAAUGUACUUUCGUUUACUGAUCUGUGAUGUUAUAUGUGAAAGUGCUGCCCAAUGACAAUGAUGGUUUACAUGACAAUAUUUAUGGGCUAAAGGAAAUGCAUAACGUUUUCAAAUUUUAACAUUUUUGUCAAGAAAAAAAUUUUAACAAUAUUUUUGAUGUUGUAUAAAGGCAAGUGUUUUCGAGGAAAAUGAACAUGCAGAAUCUAAUUGUGAAUCAUAAAACUUUGAUAUUAUUAAAAGUUUAUAUAAAUUGUGAUAUAUUACAGUUUGAGAAUUUACAUGAUCAAAAUCAAAAUAUUUGUGUGGUCACUAAAUUUGAUAAGUUUGUGAUUUUUUAGGAAAAUAAAUCUUAUCAAUUGCUGAUUUUGAUCAACAUUCCAAAUCUUGUUGGGUUUUUUUUUAUAAAUAAAUCAGGAGUUGCUGAAUUUGAUAAACACUCCAAAGUUGGUUAUUUUUUUCUAAAGAAAAGCUUAUGAAUUGCUGAUUUUGGUCAACAUUCUAUAAUUUUUUAAGGUUUAAUUCUUCAUUUUAUGUGUAGAAACUGUGAAUUUAGCAUAAUUUUAAGAAACUGUGUAUGAAUAACAUACAAAAUGAUAAAUAUUAAAACUAUUAUUUUCACCUGCACUAUAUGUUACUGGUAUAUUGAUGGAGAAUUGAAUCAUAAUAUGAAUAUCCGUGAUUUUAAACCCAUAUACUGAAUACAUGUAGUAAUUAACUUUUUAAAAUUAAAUCCACUGUAGUUUACUGUUGUAUUAUCCUGUGGAUAACUGACUUUAAUAACUCCAUGACUAUAAAUACAGCAUGUUGUGAUUGGUUUUUUGUACAAAUAAUCAUUUAACUUACUGGAUGAGAAACUGAAUAUUGGUCUAUAUCUUCAUUAAACUUUUGCUAUGGUGUAUUUUUACUUGUUCUGUCUUGAAGUAUUUUGAUUUGUCUCUCCUCUGGUCAUCACAAUAGCCAUAAAAAGGACUGGGAAAAGAGUCUAGACACUUAACACUAAAUUUUAAGGAGUUAACAAUAAUGUUAUUUAAGGGGUUUGUUUGCAAAAUUAUUUUUCUAUUUGUGCAUUUUCACUUAGCACCAUGAACUGUUACCUAAUUAUACAUGUUUCUGCUUUAUUUGGCGUAUAUUUUACAAAGGUUUAUUUUGUAUUGGAUUUUACAAAAUUGGUUGUUACAUGUAUCUAUAAUUUAAGUACAAAUAUUAUGUCAUCCUUGUUGUUGGCUUACUGUUAUUUCAUAUAAAGGUACAGGCUCUUUGUAAAGGUAUUGCCAAUGGUAAAUUAUUGAUAUGUGAUAGUCUAAUCUGUAUUUUAAGUCGUCUAUAGGUAAUACAACUCUUGAGCUAACGUCCUCAUUAAUGUAUUACUUAAUGCCUUGCUCUUAACCUUUAAGGCAGGAGAUGGUCUCAAAAGAUUGAUUUAACCUUUAAGGCAGGAGAUGGUCUGAAAAGAUUGAUAUAUUCUGAUUGAUUUAAAAGUGAUACAACACUUGGACUAACGUCCUCAUGCAAUAUCAGUAUAUUACUUAAUGUCACACUCUUUAAAUCACACAUAUUUCUAAACCUUUUUGUGCUUGUUCUGCAAUUGUUAUUGAAUGAGAAUUCUUGAGGCCAUUGAUAUUGCAAUAAACAUAUUAAUUAAUACUUGAUUUUAUAUUCUUCCUAAUUAUAAACCCAUGACUGUGAUUUUGAAAUAUCUACAAAUUAUUGAAAGUGUAAUAAUUUUGUAAUUUGAUAUAAAGGCUUUGAAUUAUAUUUGUACUAUGCAAUAUGUUAUUAUUAUAAAGAAUAUGUAUUAAUGUUGGUGUUCAAAUUAUUCUUUUAAAAUGGAA